AUCGACAGAUAAGCCAUGCUCUGGCGCUGAGUGCCUGUCCAGCAUCCACACCGGGUUUGAGAUGAGUUCCGAACGCUCCAAACACACAGCACACCGCCACACGUUAUCAGCCGCUUCGGGUGCCCGAGCGGCCUCGCGUGAGUGCUUGCGUGUUUUGCGUGGCAGUGCGCAUGUGAAGUACAAAUAAAUCGCCGGGUGCGCUGACAACCAUCAAACGCACCCACGAAAGCUUCGAUCAUAUCGAAAGCUUUCGACACUCACGGUGAGCUCCGCAGCAUCCAGCAGCCAGCAGCCAGCAUCUCGGAGCACGCGUCGUCAGUACGGUCGCAUCCUUUGCAGCCGCUAGGGUAAUAGUGCACGGCUUUCUGUCCGACCUGCUGGCCGACCCGAUCCGAAAAGAGAUCCUUUAAAAGCUGAGGGCAGCGAGCGACCAAGUGUCAGUUAGCAGCUAGUUGCCCGCCGCUUCCGUUCUCGCUUGCGACCGUGGGAGUGCAGCGGCCCAGUUAUUUCCCCCAGACACAGCACCAGCACCUGCCUCCCUGCUCAACACCCCUUCCCUGCGCCAUCGGGGCUGUUGCUUGUGAUGCGUGUGUGAAUUUGUGCGUGCGUGUAUGGGUGUGUGAGUGUGUGUGUGUGUGUAUAUGGGUGGGAGUAUAAGUGAAGAAGGACGCUGUACACGCACGAUUCCGACAUACACACAGUAGGGUGCUUGGUCCGCGUGUCGCUUCCGGUGCUGGUGCGGUUUGCAUCCGGUGCCCGUGACGUACGUGAGCGAUUUGCAACUCUUCUCACCUCCUGUAUGCCGCAGCGGCACCUUGUUUUUGGUAGAAACCUCGGUGGAAGAAUUUUGACAGAUCGUGUGCGUGUGUGUGUACUAGUGUUGCAAGAGUGCUAGUGUUCGUUACGUGCUGAGGCUGGCGGCUCAGGUAGCACAGCAUCAUCUGUUUGUUGACUGCUCCAAGCUCCUGAUUGUGUGUGUGUGCAUAGUGAAGGUACGGGUUGAAUGUGUUGUUAAUUUGCUUCUUGCAUUCUUUCCUUUUCAUCAAUCUCAAAGCGCUCCUAUCAACCAUUAUAUCAGAUAAACAAUAGCAAAAAAGAUAGAAAGAGAAACGAAACAGACGAGAAACCCAGAAAAGAAAAGAGAAACAACAAAUCAUUACUGUCGCAGCGAGCGAAAGCAUGGCCCAUGCUGGUCCUUCGAACACGAACUGACGUUACGCAGUGAGCGUGUGUGCGUGUGUUUUGUUUUUCUUGUAUCCAGAACCGUACACAGUGCGUGUGCGUGUGUGUGUUUUUUUUUGUUUGAACUUCACACCCCAGCAGGGGACGUUUUCCACUUUUUGACAACCGACGGUGACAGUUGCGAGAAAGACAAUCCUGAUAAUAAGCACAUAUCUCCCCAAUCGCUGCCUCCCAUUUACUCCUCUUCAAACAGGAAAACAGGGGAAACGGCGUCACCCAAAACCAAAACAUUAGCACACCAACACUGACGAGCGCACUUACCACCAAUACCACAGCAAGCGUCCAUCAACCACUACUAGCAGUAGAAAAGGAAGGAGCAGCAGCAUCAUUCAACCAGCUCGUGAGCCACUGGCGUAGUGCAUAAAUAACGCAAAAGCGUGUUCCUCGUCGCUGCCCUUUCCCUGCCUCGAUUCACAUUUCCUUCCCUAUACCGAGUGCGUGUGUGUCUGUGCGUGCGUGCGGCUGUGUGAGUGAGUGAAGAGAGCUUUCGCCAAGCGGGGCUCGACGGAGGAAACGAACGCGCAAGGGCGCAACCGACGCACUGAGCUGUCGCAGUGAGACGUGAGACUCUCGCACACCGGCAUCCCUCCCUUUUCCUCCCUGGCACAGCUCCGUGUCACUUUGUUGAGCGUCUGAGAGCCCUGAGCUCGCACUGAGUGGCUGCAGCCGAGUGUUCAACUCAAGACCAUGACGGGUCGGUGGGCUCACCCGUGCUGGUGGGCCGCUUGCCUACUAGCGCUUCUGCUACACGGUCCUGCUCCUGCCCGCGCCCUCCCGGACGCCAUUCGAAUCGGUGGACUGUUCCAUCCGGACGACGAUCAUCAGGAGAUAGCGUUCCGGUACGCGGUGGAAAAGAUCAACUCCGACCGGACGAUACUGCCCCGCUCGAAACUUCUCGCACAGAUCGAGCGUAUCUCGCCGCAGGAUAGCUUUCUAGCAUCGAAACGAGUGUGUCAUUUGCUUGGUGUCGGUGUGGCCGCCAUCUUCGGGCCGCAGUCGUCGCACACCGCCAGCCAUGUGCAGAGCAUUUGCGAUACGAUGGAGAUUCCUCACCUGGAGACGCGCUGGGACUAUCGGUUGCGGCGCGAAAGCUGUCUCGUCAAUCUGUACCCCCAUCCGAGCACGCUGUCCAAGGCAUACGUGGAUCUGGUGGCGGCCUGGGGCUGGAAGUCUUUCACCAUCAUCUAUGAAACGAACGAGGGGCUGGUGCGCAUGCAGGAACUGCUCAAGGCGCAUGGACUCUCCGACUACCCGAUCACCGUGCGACAGUUGAGUGACUCCGGCGAUUACCGCCCGCUGCUGAAGCAGAUCAAAAACUCGGCCGAAUCGCACAUCGUGCUCGACUGUUCGACCGAGCGGAUCUACGAGGUGCUGAAGCAGGCGCAGCAGAUCGGUAUGAUGAGCGACUACCACAGCUAUCUCAUCACAUCGCUGGAUCUGCACACCAUCAAUCUGGACGAGUUCAAGUACGGUGGCACCAACAUUACCGCGUUCCGGCUGGUCGAUCCGGAAAACCCGGAGGUAGCGCAGGCCAUCCACAACUGGACGAUCGGCGAGGCACGGCUCGGCAAAAAGGUUGACUUCAAAACGGCGGAGAACGUGACCGUGAUCAAGGCGGAAACGGCGCUGAUGUAUGACGCGGUGCAUCUGUUUGCGAAAGCGCUGCACGAUCUGGAUACCAGCCAGCAGAUUGACAUUCAUCCGCUGUCAUGCGACACCCAGGAUACGUGGCCGCACGGAUACAGCCUCAUAAAUUAUAUGAAAAUCGUGGAGAUGCGCGGACUGACCGACGUCAUCAAGUUUGACCACCAGGGCUUCCGGAGCGAUUUCGUGCUAGACAUUGUGGAGCUGGGACCGCAGGGGCUGCGCAAGAGCGGCACCUGGAACUCGACCUCGGGCGUCAACUUCACGCGCACGUACGGCGAGCAGCAGAAGGAGAUCGUCGAGAUACUGCAGAACAAGACGCUGAUCGUGACGACGAUCCUGAGCGCGCCGUACUGCAUGCGCAAGGAUUCGGCCGAGAAGCUGACCGGCAACUCGCAGUUCGAGGGCUACGCGAUCGAUCUGAUACACGAGAUUUCGAAGAUACUGGGCUUCAACUACACGAUACGGCUCGCGCCUGACGGUCGUUAUGGCAGCCACAACAAGGAGACGGGCGAAUGGGACGGCAUGAUCAAGGAGCUGCUGGAGCAGCGGGCCGACCUAGCCAUUGCCGACCUUACCAUCACCUUCGACCGCGAGCAGGUGGUCGACUUCACGAUGCCGUUCAUGAACCUCGGCAUCUCGGUGCUGUACCGGAAGCCGGUGAAGCAGCCACCCAAUCUGUUUUCCUUCCUUUCGCCGCUCUCGCUCGACGUCUGGAUCUACAUGGCGACGGCCUACCUCGGUGUCUCGGUGCUGCUGUUCAUACUGGCGCGCUUCACACCGUACGAGUGGGAAAAUCCACACCCCUGCAACAGCGAGCCCCUGUUUCUGGAGAACAGCUUCACGCUGCUCAACUCGCUCUGGUUCACGAUCGGUUCCCUCAUGCAGCAGGGUUGCGAUAUUGCUCCCAAAGCCGUCUCGACGCGCAUGGUUGCCGGGAUGUGGUGGUUCUUCACGCUGAUCAUGAUCUCGUCGUACACCGCUAACCUGGCCGCAUUCCUCACUGUCGAGCGGAUGGACUCGCCGAUCGAGUCGGCCGAGGAUCUGGCGAAGCAGACCAAGAUCAAGUACGGGGCACUGCGCGGUGGCAGUACCGCAGCCUUCUUCCGGGAUUCGAACUUCUCCACUUAUCAGCGCAUGUGGUCGUUCAUGGAGUCGGCCCGCCCGUCCGUGUUCACCGCCAGCAACAUCGAGGGCGUGGAGCGCGUGGUAAAGGGCAAGGGCAGCUACGCCUUUCUGAUGGAGUCGACCUCGAUCGAGUACGUGAUCGAGCGGAACUGCGAGCUGACGCAGGUCGGCGGCAUGCUCGACUCGAAGGGCUACGGUAUCGCGAUGCCACCGAACUCACCUUUCCGGACGGCGAUUAGCGGUGCGGUGCUGAAGCUGCAGGAGGAAGGCAAACUGCACAUCCUGAAAACGCGCUGGUGGAAGGAAAAGCGUGGCGGUGGAUCCUGCCGGGACGAUACGUCUAAAUCGAGCUCAACAGCGAACGAGCUGGGGCUGGCGAACGUGGGCGGCGUGUUUGUCGUGCUGAUGGGCGGUAUGGGCGUUGCGUGCGUUAUCGCCGUGUGCGAGUUCGUCUGGAAGAGCAGAAAGGUGGCGGUCGAGGAACGGGAACCAUACCAGAAAAAGCAUCCCAAAGAGUGUAGAUUCGAGUAGAUUACGGUCAGCUGCUCACGCUUCUGAACAAAAAAGAAAAGGCCACAUUCACUAUUUACGUUAACAGGGAGCAAGGAUCCCUCCAUCGCUCGCAACAGUUUGUACCGCGAUCGUUUAAGCAUGUUACUAUUAGCUCCAAACAGUAAAUCACUCCAUGACAUAAACUGCUCAACUAGAUAAGACCGUUCUGCAGGUUUAAGAAACUGCGUUACGAUUACAUUCGGUGAAGUUAUUCAUUCAUGAGGGUUUAGUUUCAGGUGUAUCUUUGGUUUUUUGGGCCAUCCAUAACAUAUAAAAAAAACCCUUCCAAACACAAGAUAGAGACAGACAGAGAAAGGGAGAGAUAAAGUGAGGGAGAGAGAGAAUGAGAAAAAGCAAAAUUAAAGAGGAGAAGCGGCGGAUGCUAGCUAAAUCAAAUUUGCCACCCAACACCGUUUGGGAUGGUUUCUGUUUCUUGCUCGGACCAACUAGCCAACGAACAAAGCCCCCCCCCCCCUUGAAACAUACAAAAACAAAAAAUAAAACCCCGUAGACACAGAAAGGAACCAUGUAACUAACACAAAACCAACAGAAAACAUCGUUUUUGGCAAAGCCCCAGCCCCGGUACGGAUAACGCGCCUCCAUUAGAAAUAGUAGUAGUAGUCGUGAUUUGAUGCAAAUGCUGAUGCUCCUGCGGGGGAGUGUAAUAGCGGAAGGGAGAGGAAACUACAUGUGUAAAAUAUAAUCAUUCAUUGAUUGUUUAAAAAAAAAUCGAGAAAAAUACAAGUUGGAAGCAACAAGAAAUGGUUUCCUAGAAGCAGAGAAUAGGACUAGCCAAUCGACGAAAACGUGAAAUGUUUUGUUGCUGUUACUGUUUGUUUUUAUUACACUUGUCUUUUUAAUACCCGUGUCAACAUUUUUCAUUUCAUGUUAUAUCUUUUUUUUAUUUGUCUGUUCUUGUUUUUUUUAUUGUACGUUCCUUUUUUCCUUUUAUUUAUUUCCUUUCUUAAUUCUUCUCUAUUUUUAUUUUUUUUCUCUUUCUUUCCAUGAUUUUCCGUUUUCAAACCCUACCUGUAUUAUGUACCAGUACUAAAUGCAUCCACCCGUGCACCUACCCUCGGUGAAAGGGAAAUUCGUACGACUGAAAGACAACCAGCGCAUACUAAAGUAAGCCGAGCAGAGGGAUCGAUGUUCACAGGAAAUAAAACCCAUACACACGCGCACACACACAGUAGAUGCUCAGUAAAAGUCCCUGUACAGUUGAAAUUGGCAGUUCCAUGCAACGCGAAGCAAAUAGUAGAAUGGAACAAACUACAAAUACAAGUUACAUGGUCGAACGGAUAAUAAUUGAAACAAUAUGCGCAAACUGAGUACUCACACAGUAAAUAUCCAACGACAUGUGAACAUGUGAAUGUGUACAUUUGUUCUGAUUGAACAGUGAAGAAACGGGGCAACCAAAACGAGCCAUUAUGCUCGAAGGCGGAAAAAUGCGUGAGAAAAAAUAUUAGGGAAUUUUUUACCAAAAAAAACAAAAAAUAAACAAUCUAGAGUAGUCAACAAUUAUGAUUAAACAUUCUUCAGAUAAAUUGUCCCGUAACCGAACCGCAGGCUCUGCAUUCCUGGGGUGGAAUUAGAGGCAAAGAGAAAUAGAGAGAGAAAGAGAGAAAAAACAGAAAACAGGAUAGAUAGAGAGAGAGAGAGAGAGAGAGAGAGAGAGAGAGAGAGAGAGAGGGGAAACAGAGAGCAUUUAGAGAAGAAUACGAGAGAAGGUGAAAUAAAAAAAGCAAAAGGGGACUAGAUAUGCUGUGUAUUCCAUACAAAACCCCCACAGAAUCCACCCCCGGUAGAGGAGGAAACAGAUGUAAGCGAUUCUCGCCAAAAGGAGCACCGCCGGAGGCGUCAUUUUAAGAAUAAGCAAAAGAAAGCGAAAGCACAAUAUAGUAAAUAAAAAGGGAAGCAAAUAAGAGGAAGAAGAAAAAUAUGAAACACCCACACACGCAAGAAACAAAACUGGAUGCACUAAAUAAAACUGGAUUCUCUUCUAAAGUGAAACUAUA